UUCUUCCCUCACUUCCGGCUUUUCCUCUCUGCGCAUGCGCAGUUGCUUGAGAGGAAGGGGUAUAGCGAGGCCACCGGAAGCGGUUCUUUCUUUCUUCCUUCCUUCUUUCUGGUCGGCUCGCGCGUGGCGUCCAUCAUGGUGUUCAAGCGCUAUGUUGAGAUUGGCCGAGUUGCCUACAUUUCCUUUGGACCACAUGCCGGCAAGCUGGUUGCGAUCGUCGAUGUUAUUGAUCAGAAUAGGGCUCUUGUAGAUGGUCCCUGCACUGGGGUCAGAAGGCAGGCCAUGCCUUUCAAGUGCAUGCAGUUGACUGACUUUGUUCUCAAGUUUCCACACAGCGCCCGUCAAAAGUAUGUGCGGAAUGCUUGGGAGAAGGAAAAUGUUAAUGAGAAAUGGAAAGCCACCAGAUGGGCACAAAAAAUUGAUGCCAGGGCAAAGAAAGCCAAGAUGUCAGACUUUGAUCGUUACAAGGUUAUGAAGGCCAAGAAAAUGAGAAACAGGAUCAUCAAGCAUGAAGUAAAGAAACUCCAGAAGGCCUCUGCUCCUGCCAAGAAAGCAUAAACUGUCAUAAAAUAAACUUCAGUUUAUACAUCUAGUACAA